UUUCAGCUCCUUCGGACUGGGCCCUACUGCGCAGCGAUUGGGCCUUCUGGGUAUCACGUGGUCUGAAGCCUGAUGAUGGCCGGAGCGGGGGAAGAUUCUCGCGCACUUUUCGGGGCUGGCGUCCGCGCGGCGCUGGAGGCCUGGCCGGCUUUGCAGAUCGCCGUGGAGAAUGGCUUCGGGGGCGUGCACAGCCAGGAGAAGGCCGAGUGGCUGGGGGGUGCAGUGGUGGAGUACUUCUUCCGCAACGCUGACUUGGAGCUAGAUGAGGUGGAAGACUUCCUCGGGGAGCUCAUGACGAACGAAUUUGAUACCGUUGUGGAGGAUGGGAGUCUGCCCCAGGUGAGCCAGCAGCUACAGACCAUGUUCCACCACUUCCAGAGGGGUGAUGGGGCUGCUCUGAAGGAGAUGGCCUCCCACAUCACCCAAAGAAAGUGCAAGGUCAGAGCCACUGCAGUUACAACAGCCAGAGUGACGGAUGAGGAUGACGCGGACAGCGUGGAGGAGAUGGAGGUCACAGCUAUGAAUGAUGGGGCAGCUACAGAUGGGGUUUGCCUCCAGCCUGAAUCCUCUGGUCCAGACUCCCAGACUAUUAAAGAAGAGGAUAUAGUGGAGGAUGGCUGGACCAUUGUCCGGAGAAAGAAAUGAGUAGGGCUGGAAAUGGUUUGGGCCCUUGCUUGCUAGUUGUUUUGACACUUGUUUGUAGGGGUUUGGGGGAGGGUUGUGGACUUCUGGACUGGUUGCCCCAUCUCCACCCUCUCCCAGUUCCCCUGUCCAGUUUCCUCUAGUGGAAGAAGAGCUUUAGGGUCCUUGCUCUUGAGGUAGUGGGACCUGGUUCAUCACACUCCCUUGGGCCUUAAGUUACUGGCUGCACGAUGAGGCCUGGUUUGCUAGCACAUUCUUGGGUACAGUCAGUAUGAAGAGGGAGGGAUGAGUGGGUGUGGGUGUUACUGGAGGAGAAACUAAAUACUGGUUGACAAUAGCCAGGUGGAUUUGUGAAGGAGAGGACCAGUACUCCUGCUGGGUCAGGAGUGGUGAGAUAAAUGUGCAGACCAGAAGCGAGAUGAGGUAAAGACGUGAACGAAAAUAGCUAUGGUACUUCUCCCUCUUUUCCCUCUGUUCCCCACCCCCAUAACACAGAACAAUUCUGUACCCCUGCCCAGAAAUUGGAACCUCCCAGGAGCACUCCCUUCCUGCAGCCCAGCCUCCAGCCCUGGGUUCCUUCAGGAAGUCUAAGAUUUGGGGUAGGUGGUGAGUUUGGGGGACCUGGGCUUUGUUUUCUGUCUCCUCCAGCCUCUUUCCAUACUCUUCUCCAAGUCCAGAGAUGAGGCUUAAAACCUCAAUAAAUAGUACCUUAUUGUUUAAUCUGUGGCUUGACCUGUGAAUAGCCUUGGAAUCAGCCUUAUAGGAGCUGGGCCUCAAAGCUCAGCAAGGGAGAGGUUUCUGGGCCCACCCUAGCAGCCUGUUACUUUGAACAAACAGUUGGACAAAUGGAGCACAGCAGCACUCUGAAAGUUUCCGUAAGCCCGAAAUAAACUGUAUUUUUUUAAAAAAACAAAACAAAGAGUAUCCAUUGUUCUCCCCCCAUUCCCGUCCUGCCCUGUGGCCCUGCCAUGGGUCUGGACGAUAAAAUACUGGGUAGCCUUGGGGCCGGGUAGAAGCUGUAAGCCAUGGGAAAGGCAGGAGGGGUCUUGUCACCACCCCAUGUAACAUAUGUGUGAAGAUACUAGCUGAGGGGGCAUGGGUGGGCCAGGGCCGUGGGGUCAGUGGCAGAGCUGGCACUUGAAUCCAGAUCUCCUGCCUCCAGUGCUUUGGGGGGAAUUGGGUGGAGGCAGGAUCUGUAGGGUGUUGAGGGGAUGAGGGAAAAACGGCGUAAUUCAAGGGGGUCUAGCAACAGCUCCCACCCUCCCUGGGGACAGGGAUUUAAAAAAAAUUAACAUCACUGUAGGAAUUAUUUUUUAAAAGCCCAUGUUUUGUGAAAAGAAUUAAAAAACCCAAGACCCAGCACUGGGGAUUGAAAGUGCCCAUGAUGGGAGUUCAAGUAUUGACUGAGCUGGGAGGGAGGGGCCUGGGGCCCCCAACUGGACAUGGGCAGUUAGAGUGUGGGGGAGGGGGCCCCAGUUCCCCCCAAACCCUCUAGGUCUUGUCUCGGGUCUGGGGAGCUUCAGAGGGUUCAGCAGUGGCUCCUGAAGCUGCCACCGGUGCCUCCUCCAUCUCCUUGUCCUCAGACAGUGUGGGCCCUGGGCAGAACGUGUCCCCACGGCCUGCCCGACCAAGCACUGCCAUCCAGCGCUGCUGCAGCUCCUCUGUCUCAGGGCUGAAGUACCAGCUCAGGUGGCUCUGGGUGAUCUUGAAGACGUGCCUUCGGUCAGGCCGCUCCCCUGCCUCAGGAGGCCCCACCUCAAAGCCAAUGAGGGGCAAGCUGCGCUGGGCUUUCACAUCCUAGGGAACAGGACAGAGCUGAGAUCACCUUGGGGCUGGGCUUCUCACUAGUUUUGUAUCUGCUGAACCCCUCUUUUCCUUCCCCUGCUCAGGAACCUUCCAUGGCUCCAAUGACAGCAACAGAAAAAUGUCAACUGAGGCUAGCAUGCAGGCUGGAUCAAAUACCUGUUUCCUCCCACAACCAAAACCAGCUGGGGUAGUCUCUUUGGCAUAUACCAGAUAAUGUUUGCAGGCCUUCAUCUAGACUAUUGCCUCCAUCUGCAUGUUCUUCCCCAUUCCAAACUGGACCUAGAAGUGCCUAGCCUCCACUCUGACUUCCUCCAGGAAGCUAGCCUCGCCACUCACCCCACUUUUCCCUACACAUGUUGGCCCACAAUUGCUCCUUGUCUCUAGUUGGUCUUUUUCUCACAAGGGUAGGGGUUCUGAUUUUCCCUUAGGCUCACCCAAUCCCCCAAGGCCAAGGAGAGGUCAAGGACUGAAGGGGAAGAGAAGCAUCCUGGUUUUGCCAGGUGGCUGAAAGGACCUGAAGGAAUAGGAUGCACACCUGAGGGGCUCCAUAGAUGUACAGCACCAAGGGUUCGUUCUCAGGGACCACGAACCAUGCCUUGUGCCAGCCUUUCCCACCUUUCUCCAUGUAGUGUAGGAAGCUGCAGAUGACGCUGUUCUCCGCAGCCACUGAGGCCUGUUUCUGUGGCCAGAGACAUGGGGGACAUCAGUGUUGAUAGAAGGCCUGGACUGGCUCCUCAUGGCUUUGACACCCCCUCAGCAUAGGGACUGAUAAAGCUGAAGCUCAGAUGGCAGGAGUGUUUUGCCCAGUGCCCCCCACCCCCAGUGAGUUAGAAUCGAGAUGGAAAGCCAGGCCUUGUCUGCUGAACUCCCACCAUGGCUGCUGCCUUUUAACAGUUGGUGGGAGGGAGGGAGGGAGGGGUGUACAACUCAGCAGGGGCACUAAAUGCCAGUCAGGCAUUCCUUCUUCCCUCGGUUCAUUUAUUUCUCAAGUCAUUUACGCAUUUUCACCUCACCUUUUUUUUUCAUCUUUCAUCAUACAUUCAUUCCUCACAUUUAACAAGAGGCAACUUAGCAUUGUGGUGAAGGGGACUGGGGAACUGGGUAAGGCAGUCUGGCUCAGGAUCCCAGCUCUAGAUGAAAAUGUAUCGACUUGGAAGGAGAGCAUAUAGGCAUGUUGUAAGGAUUGAGUUAAUGCAAAGUGCUUGGAAUAGUGCCUAGCAUAGAGUAAGCAUUCUUUAAGUGUUAAAUACCUCAAUUUGGUUAAAAAACAAAACCAAAAAUGUGUGUAUGUGCAUGCUACAGCAUAACUAUUAACAAUGGUAAUCCAGUGGGUAGAAGGAAUAUGGUGUUUUUAUUAUUUUGUUUAUAUUGUCUAAUUUUCUUCAGUGCACAUGUUCUACUUUAUAAUAAGAAAAGGUAAUUUGUUCAUUGAAAAACCAUCCUAGCUCUGCCACUCACUGGCUGUGUAACUUGGGCAAAUAACUCCCUGGGCCUCGGUUUCCUCAUUUGCAACACAUGGACAGUAAUAGCAUGGAUAGAUUGGUUGCUGUGAGGAUUAAAUAUUUAUAGCACUUAAAUAAAAGUUUUUCAUUCAUUCUUGCACUCAUUUUACUCACUCCAAGCCUGUGUCACUUGCUUAGUGGAUGCAUGAGGCACCCUGGCAUUUCAGAGAUGCCUAGGCAUCAGUCACACUGGGUGGGUGACUGGAGCCCAUGUGGUCCAGUGUGGGGGUGUUAGUCAGGGACCUGGCUCUUACCUCCAGGAUGGACCUCCGGCGCUGGGGUGUAUGCUGGCUGCAGGCUGGGCUGCUCCCAGGAACCCCAUGCAAGGCCACGUAGCAGUCAGUGCACACACGGUUGGAGCGGUUGUUGUCAUAGAUGAGACGGGCCCGGAACUCGGAGCACUUCCCACAAACCACCUGGGGUGGCAAGUGGGCAAAAACAGCCUGGUUCCCGCAGGUCUUUCCCUUCAGUGUACCAACUCCCACAGUGGACUCAUAGCCUCCCCUAACUUGGAAGGUAACCCACUCAGAAGUGGGCCUUUGGACUGUCAGCCUGUCCCCUCCCUAGCUCUGCCCCUGUCUGCCAAAACUCACAUGCCCGCAGGCCUUGCAGUGGUGCCUGCGUUUGGUGAUGGAAUUGAAGGGCUCCUGGCAGCGCAUGCACAUGGUGACUUCCUUUUCCCGGAUGGGUGUAGGUGCCCGCUUCCCAAGAUCCACGUUCUGGAGAGAGGGCCAGGUCCCAGGUCAGACACGACUACUCCCCAGCCCAGUCCAGCCAGCCCCUGCCCACUGCCCCAAGGCUUGGAUCAUCAUUGGAGGCAGCAGAUACAUUCAGAAGACCUGCCUAUGAAUCCUUGCUUUGCCCCUACCUUACUGUGCUACUGAAGACAAGUCAUUUUUACUUUCUGGGCCUAGGUUUUCCCAACGAUUUCUCUGUGGCCAUACCAACAGAAGAUUGUACUUCCGAGGUCAUGUACUGCCUCUCUGGUCUUUACUCUCUGGGAAGGGGCAAGGAUCAUUUCAAGAUAAAGUGGGAACUUGGAGGCCUGGAAGGGGUCCCAGUGCAGGGGAAGGGUUGGGGACUCUUACUGGAGAGUUAGGGGGUGUGUCUUCAUCUUCCCUGUUUGUUGAGUUCAACAGUUUGAAGGUCUCCAGCGUCUGUUCAUGCUUCAAAAGAGUGGAGUUGAUGGCCUGUGAAGGAGGUUGUAAAAAAUAAGAGGUCAGGUCACCUCACAACCCACGCAUUUCCACCCUCACCUUCCUAUGACAGCCUGAAAUCAGAAAAGUUGGCUUCUAGGUCUACCUCUACCCCUUGCUAGGCACAUGACCUUGAGCAAGCCUCAACCCAAAUCCAAGUCUCUGUUCUUAUAUUUAUGAAAUGGGGGAGGCGAUCAGUGGUUGAAAAACCUCAGAAGGUCUUCCCGGCCACUGUCUUGGCUUAAGAUUUUACAGGGCUUAACUCCUUGGGGUUAUACCCUCAGCGGAGCCAGCUUUCUAAAGGAAGAAUUUGUGAGUUUACAUUUAACCUUUGGACCUCAGUUUGCCUAUCUGUAAAACUGGGAUGGUAAAAUUUGUUGGAAAGCAGGUGUCUAGGCCCAUUCUGGUCUGACAUGAGUUUUAGGGGAGAAUCCUCCAACCCCAAGGAGACCUAUUAAUAUUCCUCCAGCCCCCUACCACAAAGCUUUCUUGGAUGUUACCUGGACCCAGUCUUUCUUCUCCUCCUCAGUCCUUGGGGGGAGAAAAGAAAAAUGUUGGGUUAGGCAGGCCAACCAAAACCAACUGGAGUGGUAACAAGCAAGUUAUUUUGGCGUCAGGCAGACCUGGGUUUGAACCUCUGGUCCUUAACUUUUUGUGUGACCUUAGGCGAGUCAUAUAGCCUGAGUUUAUUUGUUCAACAGUUAACUAAUACUUUCCAGACUCUGUGCUAGGAACCUGGGGCUUAGAGAGGACCAUACCCUCAAGGAGCUCAUGGUCUAGGAGGGGAGAUAGGGACGGUACAGGGGGAUCAGUACUGUGACAGAGUGAAAAUAGGGCUGAGAAGCCCAGAAGAAGAGACCUGCCCCAGCCUGCAAUUUGGGUGGGGGCUGUUAAGGAAGGUUUCUUCAAGGAGGUGCUGGGCCUCAGAGGAUUAAGGGUGAGGUGUGUGUAACAGUAUGGAACAUAUAAGAAAGCAUAAAUAGCUCCCUGUUGCUGGAAUGACAAGUGUGAGAAAGGAAGGCAAUUUGUUUUUCUUUAAUCCAUUUUCUUUUCCAUUUUAUGUGGAGAUAAUUAUCAGUCUGGGUUCUCAGCAGUAACUGAGGUGACAUGUUAAGUGCCCAGCACAAUCCUUGGUCCACUAGCUGCUCAAUCAGUGUGAGUUACCCCUUUCUUUCACCUUCCAUUCCCACUUUUCCUGUCUGUCCUAUAGUCUCCAAGGCUGCUGCUGUGGUGCAGUCCCAUAAACUGCUCACUAGGCAUAGGACCUGGUUUCUUGGCUGUGUCCUGCCUGGCGUCUUCUAAUCCCCUUCCACAUGUACACUCCAGACAUCAAAAGUACUUUUCUAAUAUGAAAGUCUGGCUACAUCUUUAAAACCACUUCAUGAAAAAUUAAGGAUAUGAGUUAAUAUUUAGCUACAAGAAUGUCCAUUGCAAUGCUAUUUAUUGUGAAAAAUUGGAAGCAGCCUAAGUGUCCAACAACAGGGGAUCAGAUAAAAUAAAUGAUGGUACAUCAUUACUGUCAGACAACAUAAGUGGUGUAGAAAGCUGUUUAUAAUAUGUUAAGUGAAAACAACAUAUGUAAAAUACACAUAGCAUUCCAUGUUUAUUUAAAAACAUGACAUGAGUGUUUACAUUUGUCACAACACACUGAUGGCAUGCACUUAAGACCUGUGCAUUUCACUGUAUGAAAAUCUGUCCUUAAGAGAAGGAAAGGACAUUAAACAAAUAUUGGACUCUAGUUAAUAAUAUGCAUGCCAGGCGGGCCUGGGUGGCUCAGUCGGUUAAGUGUCUGACUUCAGCUCAGGUCAUGAUCUCACAGUUUGUGAGUUCGAGCCCCAUGUCGGGCUCUGUGCUGAUAGCUCAGAGCCUGGACCCUGCUUCGGAUUCUGUCUCUCCCUCUCUCUGCAACCCUCCCCCCCCCCCACCCACUCAUGCUCUGUCUCUCUCUCAAAAAUGAACAUAAAAGAAAAUAAUAUGCACACCAAAGUCUUCAGGGGUGAGGUGUAGUGAUGUCUGUAACUUCAUUUGAAAUGCAUGUAAAAAAAAUCAGACGGAUUGGUGGAUGGAUAAGAGGAUAGAUUAGUGGGGCGCCUGGGUGGCUCAGUGGGUUAAGCAUCUGACUUUGGCUUAGGUCAUGAUCUCGCAGUUCAUGGGUUCGAGCCCCGUGUCGGGCUCUGUGCUGACAGCUCAGAGCCUGGAGCCUGCUUCGGAUUCUGUGUGUGUGUGUGUCUCUCUCUCUGUUCCUCCCCCGUUCAUACUCUGUCUGUCUGUCUCUC